GUUGCCGUAAUGCAACGUGCAUCCACUUAUAUCCGUACAUUUGUAACAACCUAAACAUUACGAAACUUCUAUUUGAUAAAAAAAAAGCCUAACGUAAUUCGACACUCUCAUAGACCUCCAUACAACAAAACAAUUAUCUCGCGGACAGAUUUUAACGAGAGUAAAGCCUCUCGCUUCGCCUCUUCCUCUGUAAGGAAACGCAUAAUUCUUCCGGUGUAGCUCAACUUUAUUUUCUAUUUGUGAGUAUUUGAAAGAGAAACAGAAAAGUGUUCCUCUCAUGAAUGCAAAUGAAGAGGAAGAUGUAGACAAUAACCAAUCGACAAGAUUAAGAUCAAACCUGGGAAAAAGUAACGCAAUAAAACCAAGAUGACUAGAAGUCAUCGAGACCCCAUCAAAACAGAUUGUGAAACACAGUCAGCUGAUGUUGACUCCAGUAGAGAAGAUUCAGACAUUGGCCAAGCCCACUCUCUCAGCAGUAAUGGGUUUACUUUCAACAUCAUCCAAAUCAAAGAGGAGGAAACAGACUUUGAAGUGCAUGAAACAAGUGAGGAACAUAAUGGAAUCAGAUCAAAUUAUCACUUGGAUUCUAGAGCACUCCACCAGGAUUCUGGAACCAUCAAAACCAAGACUGAAACAGAUUCUGUUCACAUUAGCCAAGGAACGGUAGAAAUUAAGACUGAGCAUGAUUCAGAAAUCAGAGUGGUUAAGACAGAAACUCUAGUGUACACCCCCUCACACAGCUGCCCCCACUGCAGUUGCAUGUUCCACACACCACAGCAGCUACUUGUCCACACCUGCCAGGUCGCGAAUUCCGACAACAUUGUGGAUUUUUUGUUGAAGACCCCGUUUCAUUCUUUGGAGUCCACAGAAAGGGUGCGAAUUAAAACUGAGGGUCGACCUCUGCCUGAAAUCAAGUACAUAAGGAAGGAUGACAAAGUGAGGAGGGCGUUCAAUACCAACUGGUAUAAAAAGUAUCAAUGGCUAACAGGUAGUCUUUCAUCAAGCCGCUUGUAUUGCUGGCCUUGUCUGCUCUUUGGAACGUUUGAGCCUUGGGCUAAAGGGGGGUUCAGUGACCUGAAGAACAUUGACCGUUCAGCUAAACGGCAUGACGAAUGCCGGGAGCAUCUCAACUCCUACGCGAAACUCAAGCUUUUGGGACACCCGAGUCAUCAUGCCAAUCAUUCACUCAAUGAAGGCCUGCGUAUUCAAGCUGCGCAACACAAUGAGAAGGUCCGAAGAAACAGGGAUGUUCUCAAACGCCUCAUUGACAGCAUUGCAUACUUAGGCUUGCAAGAGUUGGCUUUUAGGGGGCACGAUGAGACGGAAAGUUCCGCUAACAAAGGCAACUACAGGGAAUUGGCAGAGGUAAUCGCACGGUAUGAUGCUUUACUUGCUCAGCAUAUGGAAUCUUCAACUGUGUUCACUGGAAUGUCAAGAACAAUUCAGAACGACUUGAUAACUGCUAUUGCAUCAUCAAUUAAAAGUGAGAUUAAAAGCGAAGUUGACGCUGCUCCAUUUUUCUCAUGGCAAAUGGAUGAAACUACAGACCAUUCGCAGUUGUCUGUCAUUGUCAGGUAUGUGGAUGAUCGGGGGUGUGUCCAGGAGCGUUUCUUGGGCUACUUUGAUGUGUCAGCUGGGCGAGAUGCACAGUCUGUGUUUGAUCUAGUGAAUUCGGAGAUGUCAGAGUUAAACUUUGUGGAGAAACUAGUCGCUCAAACAUAUGAUGGCGCUGCUGUAAUGGCUUCUGAUUUAAAUGGUCUGCAAGCAAAAGUAAGAGCUGUAGCUCCGAGCGCCACCUUUGUGCAUUGCUAUGCACAUCCCCUCAACUCCGUAUUAAGCCAGAGCGUGAAGUCCAUGCCCAAGACCAAGGUUUUCUUUGCCACACUGGGUGGCUUCGCAACUUUUUUUUGUAAGUCCACCAAUAGAAUGCUGCUAGAAAAGGCCACUUGUGUAAGUUUGCCAAAAAACGUACCAACACAUUGGAAUUUCACGUCUAGAGUCGUUAACACAGUGGCAAAAAACUUUGAGCAUCUAUUGGACACAUUCACAAGUAUCACAGAGCAUCCUAACAUGGAUGAUGACACGAUUUUCGAUGCAAAUGUGUUCAAGACACAGCUGGAAGAUUUUCAUUUUAUUUUUUUACUUCUCACUUUUGAAUAUAUAUUUGCUUGCACAGAUGUGUUUUUUGACAGUGUGCAACAGAAUGCCAUGGAUGUAGAAUUUUCUAAGAGGAGGAUUGAGAAUCUUAUACUCAAGAUAGAGGAGCACAAAUCUGAAGAAGAAUUUAGUGCUAUAUAUCAGAAGGCUUCGAACAUGUCAGAUGAUCCAGAGUUGAUGCACAGAAGGAAGCGAAGGCAGAGCACUCAGGAUGUAACGCAGACGUACAAAUCACUGUACGAUUCAAUCCAUGACAACAUCAAGACACAAAUAGCACAGAGGUUCCAAAGCCUGGACAGCAGGAGAUACAUGGAGUUGUUAGAUGAUGAGAAAUUUGAGUCAUUCCGGAGUGAAUUCCCUGCAAAUGCAAUGGAAAGCCUGUCCCAGAGCUAUGGGUGUUUUUUCAACAUGGAAAAACUGAAAAAUGAGCUGCAAGUGUUCUACUGUGGUGAGGAGCUUCAAGGAAACAGUCGAAAACUGUGACAGAAUCUUGCAUUUCAAGGGGUGUGGAUUGAAUGAAGUGAUGCCUGAGGUGUACCGGCUCAUGUGCCUAGUUGCAACUAUAGGGGCAACGUCAGCGGGCGUGGAGAGCAGAUUCUCUCGUCUGAAGAGGCUGAAAAGCUACACAAGGAACACCAUGGGACAAGAGCGACUCAGGAACCUGGCAAUCCUAUCUAUAGAAAGGAGAAUUCUUAAAUCACUACAGAAGAAUCCUCACUGGUAUGAGAGGGUCAUUGACCAGUUUGCCAACCAGACUAUGAGAAGAAUGGACUUUAUAUUCAAGUGAUUGAGACUGGAUGGUGGAAACUCCCUGAACUACUGCAAGGGAGUGUAAGGUCCCAUGAUGCCAGUGAUGUCUUAAAAGCAGCUUGUAGCUCUUGUUUGUAAGCAUGUGCACAUGUCCACAACCUCUCAUUCUUCCUCUGGAGACCUCAACCCUUCUCAUCCACUGCAGUCUGCGUUGACUAAAGCUAUGUGUCAUCGAAAGAUGUCAGUUUGUUUGACCUCUGCUGCUGCUGCUAAAGACCAUUAAAACUUUGACUAUUUUGGUGAA